AUGAAAAGGCCGACGGACAGUGAGAACGUGUACUCGGUGGACGUAACCGUGCCUCUGGUGCAAGAGUAUCUCGAAGAGGAGUUCCUACAGAGGAAAUUCACCGACUCCGCAGCAGACGAAGAGGUUGAGAAGGAAAUUGCUGACUGGUACGAGACUAUGAAAGUUGGGGAGAUGGAUGAUCAAGCCAUCGCAAAAGCGGUGAUGGAUUUUUACGAGCGACCGCGGCCAGCUGGUUCAAGCGGGAGAGCUCAUCUGUCAAACGUCGAGAAGCUGCCUGCUCAAGGCACCCCACUGAGAAGAGAAAAGGAAGAGAACCCUCUGCCUACUGAAUUAGCCACAACCGCAAAAGAAUUGAAGCUGCUUCCAGCACAUUUGAAGUACGCCUAUCUGGGGGAGAAUGAAACGCUGCCAGUAAUCAGCAACAAUCAGUUGACCCAGGGACAGGAAAAGCAAUUGCUGGAGGUACUGAGGUGCAAUCAGAAAGCAAUCGGGUGGAAGUUGACGGAUUUGGUGGGAAUUAGCCCAGAUUUAUGCAUGCACCACAUCCGGCUAGAGGAAGGAGCAAAGCCCCACCUUGACCAGCAACGCAAGCUCAGCCCCAACAUGAGGGAGGAAGUGCUCAAGGAGAUAGUCAAGAUGGUCUCUAUCGGAAUUAUAUACUUCAUUCCGGAUAGCAACUGCUUCCUUGAUGGGUAUAGUGGCUACUUCCAAAUUGCUGUGAACCCAGAUGAUCAAGAGAAGACAACAUUUACAUGCCCCUUCGGCACCUACGCCUACAGAAGGAUGCCGUCCGGACUCUACAAUGCCCCAGGGACCUUCCAUAGAUGCAUGAUGAGCAUCUUCUCCGACUUGUUAGAAGAUUGUAUUGAGAUCUUCAUGGACGACUUUACUGUCUAUGGGGACACGUUUGAGCAAGAGCUCCAUAGCCUAAACAGAGUGCUGGAGAGAUGCCAACAGAAGGACCUGGUCUUGAACUUUGAGAAAUACCACUUCAUGGUGACUGAGGGCAUCGUACUGGGCCAUGUUGUAUCAAGAAGAGGGAUUGAAGUUGAUUAA